ACGAAUUUAUGAAAAUGCACCUACAGGAAAAGGCCCAGCUGAGCUGGCAAGGGCAGUUCAAAUAUUUGCACUAAUCAUCCCCAUUUAACAAACAAGCUUCGUAAAACAGUAACUAAAAGGAACGAGUUUUCCAGUAGUUAUAAUAUUGAAUAAUUUCCCCUCAGUAUAACUUCAUACCACCGCUCGAUAUGGGAAACCAGAAAAGAUAUAGACUCACAAGAAAUGAUCGGUGGAUCUCCGGCCAAUGUACACGCGGUACGGCAAAGCUGUUCCUCCAGUAGCGAUCUCUCACUAAUCGUACACCGACGCCGAUGGCGAUGCAAGUAGGGGGAAAGCUAGCUUUUCCUGAAUGAUGGCGAUGAUGAUAAGUGGACCUCCGAGGAAAACCUAUAAAGGUAGGUUCACCCGGUGAUCUGGACUUAGUGUACGGAUUUAAUUUGCCACCAAAUGGAUACGCGUUGCCAGUAGCGGCUGAGCAAAAAUCUAGUGUCGUUCGAAAGCAGCUCGUGAAAAUGACGCACCUUGUGAAAGUUAUGGCGAUCCUGACGGUAACUAUCUACACCGUCCGACCGUUAGCGAUUGAACAUCCGCAUAGCUUCUCGCUGUUCAAGCGUGGAGUUGUGCUUGGUGACUUGACGUACAGCUAUGCCUCGACGGACAUGGGAUCCUCGAAUGGAGGUCGCGUGAAAACUGUUACUGUCAUCAAGAAUGUGUCCAUACCCAAACCCACCAGCACGAUGUUCAGCGAUCGCACAGAGCAUUUCUUCGACGAGUUCGAUAUGACCGGACACAAAAAGCAGCAAGAACAUGUUCAGUACUGGCCUUCAGAUGAUACGAACAAAUUGAAGAAAAUGGCUCUAAAGCCGCCAUUGUUCAACAUUCCAGAAAUUAGGAAAACACCGCAGGAAGAAUUCAAACAUCCGGCGGAUCUGCUGGAAAUAGCCAAGAGUGCAGCCAAAACACAAAGCCAGAUCUUGAAAAAUCAUAACCUGGCCAAUGGCGAUACCGGUCCCGUCAUGUUUCCACCGGAUGCCCAAAUGAUGAAGAAAAAGAAUAACGGCGUCAUCAGUGUAGCCAAAGAGUACACUAGCAUUCUAACGAGCACUCCAAAAGAUCGAAGUAAAGCUAAAACUGCCAGCAAACUAAGCACGAAAGUCGAACCUGCGAAAAACAAAGAAAAACAGCCCGACAGCUACAACACAUUCGAUCCCAGUUCCCUGUAUCAUCAGGACGAUUUCGAACAAAGAGAAUACGUAUACUCGCCGGAAUCCAAAACCUUCAGCUUCAAGCAAGCGUCGAAACCUUCAACCGAGCUGAAAGACAAACUCAAAAAUACUCCGUAUGCCUUCAAAGAUCCUUCCGCACCGAGCACCAUAGACUUUACGAUGUACAGUGACAACUCAACGACUCCGGAUCUGCUGUUCUCCGAACUAGCAAACGCCGUAGCUACUCGGAAUGUUUCGAUGAUCAAAUCAUUGGCUCAACAGUUGGAAGAAUCAUCUUACGACGGCCCCAAGUUCGAUUUCGAAUCUCUAAAAACCGACGAAUACAUUCCGCUUUCGUUCAACUUCGACAGUCCUAGCGUUAAGAAAGAUCCAAUGCCCGAAACGACAACGAUGGAGAUGAUGAAAAUGGAUAUUUCGGAUGAUUUUAGCACGACGGUCGAACCACCCACCCCGACUACGAAAAAGCCAUCCAAGUACAUAGCACCGAGACUGAGAGGUUUCAAACGUUUCUCUUCGCGGAGGCAGUAAACUGAACCAUUUUUCUUUAAAUAGUUUGUCAAAAGAUUAGUAAUUUAUUUUAAAUAUUCUUAGCCAUAGACUGUAUUGCACUGCUGUUGAGUUUUAUUCUGUUGAAAUAAACUGCUUUUUAGGUAGAGGCGUUCUUUGAAUGAUAUCCGAACGUAACGAAGAAAAUCUGCAGUUGAAACAACUUACGGUAGAAUCCUUAAUUUGUUCACUCUAUCACUCGAAAUCAAAAUAACUGUAAAGGCUCGAAGUCCGGACACUUGAUCCCACACUAUGCUCAAAAUAACACGUUAAUUGUAUCAUGGUUUUUAACGUAGGAUUACGUCUUUCGGCAACAUAUUGAGGGUGCAAUUUCAAAAAACCAAAAUUGACCGCAUUACGAAAAGUGGUCAGGUUUUGACCACUUAUAACUCUGUCAAUAGCGGAUGUAUUUUAAUUCUAAACAAGCCAAUCAAUUGGAUUUUUUCCUACGAAUCUGCUAAAAUUAACACUAUGAAUUUUCAAUAGGACACUAUUGAACAUUACACAAAUGUCCAACUGUUGCAAUGGUGAUCAAAAUUAUCACCGAAUGUCUGCAAAAAGCGCUAUCCUCAACCCAUUUCAAACUCGAAUUCCAUCUGGUCUCGUCGAACGGUGUUUAUUCAAUCAUCGUGUGUUGUGGUGUCCGGUCGGCGGUCGGUCGUCAUCAUCAUCAUCAGCAGCAGCAGUGCUUUCGGCGCGUGGCUUGGAACAUUGUUCUCCAGUACACAACGAAAGGCUGCCGCAAGCAGUGAGCUGCAGCCAACAUGAGCGUCCAUUCACCGAAGAAGGAGGAAGAAGCCGCACCGCUACUGAUCGGAAUCAGUUGCUCGUCGUGAGCCGCUGUAGGCCAUCUAUGCAAAGCGCGUCACUCUCGUUCCAAACAACAUGCAGCUCGCCAGCCUCAUCCGUGUUGAACACCCUUAUAGCUCAGCAUUAAUCAACCAUCACGACAAAACGGUUUAAUUCAGGACCUCCAUAAAUUAUUGUUGUUUUAGAGUUAAUUUUUAUUGUACGUUUGCUUGCCAUGGCUGCCAGCCACAUCAAUCCCAAAGCUUUUUGAUAAUGUACCCAGAAACCAAACGUUUGUCGUCAAAUGCGUAAAAGUAUUGAAGUGGUACAUACAAAUUCUCGCAAUGACCGAAUACCACAUGGCCAUGUCAAUUAACGAGAAAAAUUUCGAAUUAAGGCAAGGUUUUUUUUUCAGGACGUUAGAAAAGAGCAAAAAAAAACUCAAAUUUAUACGAUUAAUCGCUAAUAUCUCGCGAUUGGAAAAUUUUAUCAAGAAUUCCUCCAAUCAAUUUUCGCUUUUUUUAUUAUCUAUUGAUUAAACCAAAAAUGCCGUGCGUUUUGUGCACGAAAAUGUGUACUUUUGACGUAGGACUACGUCUGUGAUUUCUAUAUGGGGGUACACUUUGUGAAAACAGAAAAUGGAACAUGUAACAAAAUUAUGAAAUAUUUUGAACGUUAAUAACGGAGUGCCCCUGGACCAAUUUCAAUAAUUUUAUCACCAAUCGAUCAUAUUUCUACGCAUCCGUUAAAUUUAAGACUUAGUCAUUUUUCAAAAUGUCACUAUUGAAAAUUUCCCGGAUGUGCAACUGUUGCUUUUAUAAUUAAAAUAGCCUGCGAAAAAAAGCGAUUUCCCUAACACAGAUUUCAAAGUUGAAUUCCAUCCGGUCUCACCAAACGCUGGUUAUUCAAUCACCGCGUGGUGAGUAGGGGUGUUCUCCAGUACACAACGAAAGGCUCCCGCAAGCUGCUAACUACCAAAGCUGGCCUCAAUCGCUGAUCGGAUUCAGUUUCAAUCACCGUGUGUGGUGGGGUCCGGUCUUCAUCAUCAGUUGCAGCAACAGCACAGCUUUCGGCGCGUGGCGUUGAACAUUAUUCUCCAGUACGCAACGAAAUGCUGCCUGCAGGCAGUGAGCUGCACCCCACGUAAGCAUCGAUUGAAAGAGGAAGAAGCCGCACCGCUAUUGAUCGGAAUCAGUAGCUCUUCGUGAGUCGUUGUGGGCCAUAUAUGUCAAGAACGACAUACCACAGACAAACAGACGUAACUCUUUGAAAAAGUUUUUCUUGAAAACAUAGUAUCUCAAAAUAUAGGACCUCAGUAGUGACAUCUUUCAGGCUUCUCGCGAAAAACAAGCUUGCUCGCUAACUCGCAAACAAUAUUGCAUAAAAGUUCUAUAGAAUGUAUAGAAACGUCAAAGUGAUCCGAUGCCAGCGCUGCGGCGAGUAGUUUGCGGAACUGAUAAUAUUCAAAUCAACCGUUAAAUGCGUGAACGAAGAUACACAAUGAAGAGUUACGUCUGUUUGUCUGUGGUCAUACUAAAGAGUAUAAUCAGAGAGAACCCUGCUCAAAUUCCUGUUCCUACACAAAACACAAGCUCCAGUUGCUGCAGUUAACAAUUAAGAUUUAUUAUAUAAGACCACGUAGUCCUACGUCACCAUUGCGUACAACCCCAUAGGGCUGUCCCUUGUUGUUUUUGUCAUCAUAAAACGAGGUGUUUCCGUGAUGGGAAAAAGUGGAUUCCCUAACACAGUCGCCGAAUAUUGAUACCUAGCACGUAAUCCUAUGUCAAAUCUACGGUCGUGUCUUGGAUACAACCUCUUACUUUGUAGUAUCAUUACCCAUACGUAUUUAUUAAGUUACAACGUUUUACGUCACAGACACAGUUGAAUUCUCAAGAAUAUACACACCCAAUGAGAACGACCCAAAUUUGAGUUUAGUUUACUCAUAAAUCACAAAAAGUACAGGAACUCAGCGAUGAGUAAAUUUGCCUAAUGUUUUUCCAGGAUUGUCCAGAAAAAAAAUUCCAUAAAUAUGAUAAAAGUAAAUAUUGGAUUCGCUCAGUCUAUUGGUCUCCGUCUGAUCUGGUCUAGACUGAGUAAAAUUUUCGUCAAUUUUCCUCAUUUUCUGGCAGAUGUUAUAGGUGUUACACAGAAAAAUAGGAGGAAAAUUUACUCAUCGUUGAGUUCCUGUACUUUUUGCGAUUAUGAGUAAACUGAACCCAAAAUCGGGUUGAUCUCAUUUGCCGUGUACAGCCGAAAUUCGGUGGUUGGGCUUUUAAUACAUUGGGCUGCUUUCUUGUUGGGCCUCCGCUGGUUGGGCUAUGACCCAAUUAAAAAGCAACUAUAUGUCAAAAUCUCAUGUAAAUUGCAUUUGACAAUCGAACAUAAAUAUAUGCGUCAUAUGCGUUUUGGACAGAGCAUUACGUGUAAUAAUUGUAAACAUUUGAAAUUUGCUCGAAAAUUUUAAGUUUUAUUUUAAAUUCUAAAAUGAAACAUAUACUUAGAAUUGUACUCAUCAUAUGUUUUGUCAGUUUCAAGCAACUUGCUUCAAUCCGCUCUGAUUGAAUCCGCUUUUAGUGAAAUCUUCUCGACCACAACAAAGUAUGCAUACAACCCCCGACAAAAUUUAGCCUUCUGUCAGUUGACCCAACUAACGAAUCAAAUUCGUUAGUUGGGUCGAGGUGGUGGCCCUACCAGCAAAUUUUGACUGUAUAUGGGAGAGUAUGGAAGUUUUAUAGUCUACUAUAAAAACUGAAUCACCCCCAUUUGACAUUAGGCGUUUACCGAUAUGGCACAUUAUGGUGGCAUCGUAGCAAACCUUGAUUUCAAAAUUUAAACUUUGAUAACCGAGCUGUCAUUUUUUUAGCAGUAAAUUCGCGUUUUAGUUUUCCAUUAUUGGGAAUAUGGGUACAGCCAUUCGUUUGCUAUAAAAAGAAUGCUUUUCAAAAUUAUGAAAUCAUUAGAUGUUAUGAUGAUUGUUUGUACUUGUAAGUAAUAAGAAGAGGUUAUAAUGUAUGUGUUUGAUACAUAAAACCGGCCAAUUUCACAUUUAGAGAGUCACAAUCAGAGCUGGUAAAUAUCACGGCCGUGAUGUGACGAUGAGAAAACAGGUCCUCUCACUAUCACGGGUUGAAACUACCUAUCAUUAGAUUUCUUGUCAUUUUUCAAUGAUCAAGCACUCAUGAAAAUAAUUCUUAUGCGGUUUUGACAUCAACAUUUCCAACUGAUUUAGAUGAAUUUAAUCAAAAAACCGUAUGUAAUCGGUAAAGUGAAUAUAUUAUGAAGAUUUCCGCGGUACAAGUAACUUUAAAAGCAUUAAAUGAGCUAGUAAUUACGAUGAUCACAACACUGUCACGUUCUGUCAUGACGAAAAAUUCGUUGAGAUUUUGAAGAAAAUCUCUAUCAUCGUUUUCUCAUCCAAAGAUAGUGACAGAAGUAUCUCUGUAAAUAUCGCGUGAGAUCUUUCAUUGAAAAUGAAUUUUGCCAGCCCUGGUCACAAUCAGUCAUUUCAUCGUCGAUGCAUAUUCACUAGGGUACCAAUGAAAAUGGUCAUAUCAAAUUUCAAUAAGAUACCCCCUACAAAAUGUUUAUUGCCUCGAAACACGACCCUAUGCAAAAUUUGAGCUCAAUCGGACUUGAUUUAGCGAUGGCGCAGAGCGGUCCAAGUUUGACUUUUUCACUCUCGAAAAUUUUCCAAUUGCAGAAACAGAUUUUUUUCGAUGUAAAAUAGCUUUAACAUGACCUGUUG